AUGCAUCAGCAGAAAAAAAAUAGAACAUUUAAUGGCAGCAUACGCUUUGUUGAACGGCACACUCCAACCAACAUCACUUCUAUGAAACAUUGCGUCGGGUGUUGCUUAUGUAUGCAAAAAAAAAAAGGAAAAGAAAGAAGAAACUCUCAUGCAUUAACAUUUCCUGGAGAAGAAGUCAUAUCAAAUAGCAAUGAAAGCUUUUCAAGUACUGACUUUAUCUACGUAGGCCAAUUAAGUGUUCUCAAAAGGAUUUCUCAAAGGCACUUGAAAGCAACAGAAGGAGCAUCGUGUACUAGAAAAAAGAAAUUAAUGGAAACAAAAACUUUUCCGGUGUGCUGA